AUGCCAAAAACAAAAUUCAGGUGGUUAGACAGAGCGGCGGAGGCAGGCAAUGGGAGUAGCGUUGAACAAGUUAUGAGAGUUAAGCUUGUGUUGAAGAUGCUUCCGUUGUGGUCUUGUUUCCUCACUCUAAGCCUGGUUUAUGCUUCCGGAACCACCUUCUUCUUCGAAGAAGCCAGCAGCCUUCUUAACGACAAUAAUUAUCUAAUUCCCAUUCUCUUUCUCCACAAUCUGAUGAGAUUUACAGAGUUUGCGGUCUCGGAAACGUCCAGCUACGUCAUCAGAAAACUUGAAGAGAAAAAGCAAUACAACCAACAGAAGAUGGAGCUGGUGCGAAUCGGCAUUGGAAUGUCGUGCUGCGUGCCGUGCUGCGUCACAGCUUGGGCAACAGCAACACGCAGGCAGCACGGCACGAUCAGCGUGUAUUGGCUAACUCCACAGUAUUUUUUACUGGGACUAAUGGGCGGACUCUCUCAAGAUGGGCUCGCAUCGUUCUACGAAUCUCAGGUUUCUGAGAGUUUGUCCUCAUUCGGGCCGCCGUUUGCAGAAUUCGUGAUGGGAUUUGGUAAAUUUAUGAGCAUACUCUGCAUUCUCAUCUUCAGCAGGAGUCCUUUCAAAUGGUUUCAGAGUGAUAUAGACAGCAGUAGCCUCAACAAGUAUUAUACUUUGCUGGCAGUUUUGAGUUUCGUGAACGCUGUAAUCUACUGUUUGGUUGCUUGCUGGUACAAAGACCACACCUUCCUAUUAAAAGAUGAAGAAAACGGCAGUCUUGCUCAACAAGUUGGUGAUCAGAUUCAGCUACUGGAUAGUCUUGCACCUCGAUCCAUUGAGGAAAAGAGCACUUCUGAAGAUACGAUAUCAAAAUCCAGCAAGAAUGAGGUAGAGGUGGCAAAUGGCGAAGCAAUGGGCAUUGCUCCAUCCGUCGAGAGGCAACGCAGAACUGUUUCCAAGCCCAGAGAGCAGUUUUAG